ACUCCUUCCCUUCGCUUCUCAUUGUGAGCGUUCAGUUGCCUACCUAUCCCACUACCAUGUUCGGUGAGAACGAUGGCGACGGUGUAAGCCCGGUCCUGUAUUUGAAGAUAUUCGACAGCUUCGACAAGGAGAUUUCUCCUCGGCUCAAGGACAGCAUCAAGAGUGUGAUGAAUGAGGAAACGAAGAAGGUCAAGGGGUUCCCGGGGGACAACAACGUGCCCUACACAGAGAGGCUGAAAAUCCUGGCCGGCAUUAUAAACCCUGAAGACCUGCAGCUCGGCACCCUGAAGACCUUCAGAAGCCGGUGUUGUCUAGAUCCUAGCACAAGUUCUACAAGGGAUCCAUCGUCAGCAUCGUUCAUUGAUUCAGAUCCAUUGUGCCAUUGGAAUGACUUGGAUUCUGCCGUUGUCACCAGCCCGAGGUUGGUUUUACGUUUCUUAUUGGAAGAGUGA